CAGACACUCCUUCUUCUACUUUUGUUCCAAACAAGCACCUUGUUGGCCACAGCCAUUCAGCCAGUCAGUCAGCCAUGCUUCCCAUUCCCAUUACCCAACGCGAUUCAGGUACAGGUACGAUAGGUAGCUAGCUAGGGUAGGUAGGUAGGUAGGUACCAUCUUGACCGACUGUCACUUGACUGACUGACUGGGCUGGUUGUAGUACGCAGCACGCAGGUCGGAAGCAUGUACGAGCUGCGUGUCUUGUCGAAAGUGGCUGGACUGGAUUGGAUUGGAUUAUCGGGGAACUCGUGAUCACUUGUUGAUCUGUUUGUUUGUUUGUUUGUUAUCGUGCGUUAUACCGACGACGGCGGUGUGUGGACGCGCAGGUACCUAGGUAGGCAAUGAUAACGAGCAAAGGUAACAGGAAGGAUUCUGGGAAAGUCUACAAGUCUGGACGAGAAGUGGUGAUCUUUCCACUUAUAGGUACAAGUACAACAAGUCUUGCCCUUCGAACUUGCUCUGGUUGUUCUACCUCCACCUAACCUGUGGGACUCCUUACUUUUUUCAACUCCUGCCUUUCUUUUUUUUGUUGGCGAAUUCUGUCUCCUUCUUUUUCCUUCCUACCUCCAUUCCUUUCCUUGCCAACAACUGAACCAGUCAAUGUGUGUAUCCUCAUCGUUGCUGGCGCUUACAUCCGGUUCUCGGUGAAUAGCUGACGGAACGAAAGAUACGGCACUCGGACGACGACCGAUGAUAUAAUAGACGACGACAUCGACAUACAUACCCAGCACAGACAGACAGCUGUACAGCUUGCAGGACCUCACACGCAAUGGCUUCUGCACGGCCUGCCGCCCGCCUCGCAGGCGACCUGCUCCGACUUGCAUCUCGCCGACCUACACCACUAGUACCUACACCACCAACAACAACCGUCUCGAACUCAUGUCGCUCCUUUACGAUACACACCCGCUUUCUUCACGACCGUGCCUUUUUUGCUUCUACUACGCCGAACUCCCCAAAACCGCCGAAACAUGAUGCUCCUCGAGGUCCAAAGGAUCGACAAACUCGAACCCCUCCCCGACAAGCGCGCGCCGCGCCCACUAGUCUGGCCGUAGGCACUGGCGUUGCUGUCCUGGCUUCCUAUCUCUACAACCGUGAUCGCGAACAUGACAACAAGAGCAAGACCAAAGCUAAGCUCAAUAUUAACCAGACCGGUCGAGACGAGGAUCCAGAUAAAGAACCACCACCGCCGCCCUCUCCAGAGGAAGAGAGUUCCCAACAACCCAAAGAAACCACCGACGACCUCCGUGAACCUCUCUCCCUCCCCCGAUUUCGCCUCUCCGAAAUUCGAUCCCAGCACUCCUCCGCCUCCAACACCCCCUGGGUCACCUACGCCGACAAAGUCUACGACAUCACAUCCUGGGUCGGCGCGCACCCAGGCGGGGACGUGAUUCUGCGGGCGGCCGGUGGUCCGAUCGAGCCAUACUGGGACAUCUUCACGAUUCACAAGACUUCGCCCUACGUCCGCGACAUUCUAGAGCAAUACUGUAUCGGGUAUAUCCACAUGGAUGACCUAGACCCGGUAACGAAAAGGCCAAAGAUGGACAAAAUAGAGGACCCGUUCGAAAAUGAUCCCGAGAGGGAUGAGCGGUUGGUGACGCAUACGGCGAAGCCGCGGAACGCCGAGACUCCGUCCGACUUGGUGGGAGCAGACUUCAAGACGGAUGAAAACGUGUUCUAUGUGCGGCAUCACAUGUGGGUGCCUGUGGUGGAUGAUGCCCCAGAAGAGAAGCAUGUUCUCAGCGUGGAGUUGCCGGACGGAGAGACACGGGGCUACACCCUCAAGGAGUUGAAGGAGAGGUUUCGGAGACACAAGGUCACGGCCACGCUGCAGUGCUCGGGCAACAGACGGAAUGACAUGACGCGCCACGCGGGCAAAACGAACGGGUUACAGUGGGGCGUGGGCGCUAUCAGUAAUGCGGAAUGGGAAGGCGUCUUGCUGAGGGAUGUGUUGAAGGAUGCUGGGUUGAAGGUCGCCGACCCAUCUACUGCUACGGCCGUUCCUGUCCAGCCUUCUUCCUCCCCAUCCUCCAACUCUGACGGCGGCGACGACAUCCCCUCCCAAAAGGACCUCCAUGUCCAGUUCUCCGCCCUUGAAGCUUACGGCGCCUCUAUCCCCUUGUCCAAAGCCCUCGAUCCUACCGGUGAUGUCCUCCUCGCCUUCGGCAUGAACGGGCGCGCUCUGCCUCGCGACCAUGGAUUUCCUCUAAGGGCCAUCGUACCCGGUCAUGUGGCUGCUCGCUCGGUCAAAUGGCUAAACAAAAUUGUGGUGUCGGAUGAGGAGAGUCCGAGCCAAUGGCAACGAAGAGAUUACAAAAGCUUUGGUCCGAAUGAGGGCGCGAACCCGGAUUGGGAGCGGGCGAAGAGUAUACAGGAGAUGCCAGUCACGUCAGCAAUUACGGGGGUUUGGGUAGGAAGUGAUUGUUUGAAGGGCAAGUACCAGAGCCAUGAUAAUAAGCAAAAAGAGACGACCGUCGAUUUGGCAGGUGUAGAUGGGCUGAAGGUUGGGUGCUCCAAGACUGCCACCGCGACUACCACCACUGCUACCCCAUCGGGCCCAUCCCCCGUUGAAACCAAGCCCAAAAUCCCCAUCACCAUGCAAGGCUACGCCUACUCAGGCGGCGGCCGCGCCAUCGCCCGCGUGGACGUCUCCCUCGACAACGGACGGACAUGGGAUCAGGCGGAGCUGAUUGACGAUUGUAAUAACAACCCUGCGACGACUCCUUGCUACGGCAACAAGACAUGGACGUGGAAGCGGUGGAAGUAUUCCAGCCAUUUAUUACCUCCGGCUUCUUCUUCUUCUGUCGUUCCCAAUCCCAAUACCACCACGACGAACGCCAGCGAGGAGGGUAGUAGUAUUAAGGAUGAUAAAAAUCAAAACUGCACAACCUUGAUAGUUAAAGCUAUCGAUGAAGCCUACAAUACCCAACCCGAGUCUCAUGCGGGGAUAUAUAACGUGCGGGGUAAUUUGGCUACGGCAUGGCAUCGCGUGAGGAUAUGUCCCGAGUGUGUUGUUGCUUGUCCUGAUGGAGAAGGAGGAGGAGGAGGAGGAGGAGGGAAGGGGGUCAAGUGGGUGACGGGGAAGGUGGUUGGGUGUGGGUUUGAGAAGGAUGUUGAGGAGGCAAGGGAGAGAAAGGAAGAGCAGGGGAAGGGAAAUGGGAAGGGUGAGCGGUAGGUGAGGCAAGUAUGUGAUGAUUAAUUGCAAAUGGGAUGGAUGGGUAUUGUAAAGAGGAGUUUCAAUGCUCAUGGAGAACAUGACGGUUAUAUUUUUGAAAGGAUGAAAGCAUGAAGGACCCUGGGACUUGGAGCGGGCAAGCAUGGGUCGAGCGAGGCUUGGCUGCUUUUGGGUAUACCUGAACUGGUGGCGAGACAGGGUUUCGGAGUUCAGGUAAACAUUAUGGUAUUGAUUAUAGAAUCGCAUCUUUUAGCGAGUAAUGUUUAAGUUCUGGUUGGUAUGGAUAUCGGGUGGGGAUUUCUACUUGCCUAG